AUGUAUGAAGGUUAUAUAAGUUAUAGCUUUACAUCUUCUAAGGUCUUUUCUUCUAAGGUUAUUUUGAGCGUCAAUGGCGGACUCCGUGAUUCUCUUGAUAAGCUGAAAACCAUCUGGCAUUCUCAGAUUCACGACGAGGAGAAAUGGGCCCUCAACAAACUGCUGCGUGCUGCUGGGUUGUUUGCUGGAUCGAUUUUUCUGAUGCGCAAUUAUGGUGAUCUUAUGGCAAUAUGAGAAAUGAUGGAGUGCCCGUCCUUAGAAUGA